GUGUACUACACGAUGACUGUUGCGACUUGUCUUUGUUGUAAAUGCGUAGCUUCAAUAUUGCAAUGCAUGUCCCAUAUUAACAUAAACAUGAGUGCUUGGCCCUUAGCACCGUGACGAAUUGGAUAAAUACGAAUUUAUUAUGGCCUCAACGAUCUUAAAUAAACAUGAUAUACUAUAUACGUUAUAUUUAAUAGAGCAGCGCUUGAGUACUGUGUGUAUGUGGUUGUAAAUGUAAAUAAGCACACACUUGGUCGAUCUCAAGUGGUUUUGUUGACGUCUUCGCACGGUCUCGGAAGCCUCUACCCAGCAUGCACUGCGAACUCUGCAGCCUUUUAUUGACAAAGAUUAAAAAAAAAAAAAAAAAAGCUAGGAAGCAACAACAGCACAGUGGCACAAUAAAUCCCGGUGCUGACAUUAACGUUGUAUUGAAGUGCCAUGCCAUAGAACCCAGGAGUGCCAUUUUCUUUCACACGGCCUGAUAGAGUUUGGGGCGCGAGGGAAGAGGGGGGCCAGCCAGACUGUGGACGGGGGACGGAAGAGAGCUCAGUGGGGGCCAAUGCAGCAGCAGCACCGACAGCCUGAGCUGGUGGAAGGAAACCUUCCCGUGUUCGUGUUCCCCACUGAACUCGUCUUCUACGCCGAUGAGCAGACGUCUCACAAGCAGGUGCUCACCCUCUACAACCCCUAUGAGUUUGCACUCAAGUUCAAAGUGCUGUGCACAGCGCCAAACAAGUACACUGUGGUGGAUUCCACCGGAGCUGUCAAGCCACAGUGUUGUGUUGACAUCGUAAUCCGACUCCGAGACGUGCGGCCAUGCCACUAUGGGGUUUACGACAAGUUCCGUCUGCAGGUGUCGGAGCAAAGUCAACGCAAAGCGCUGGGCCGCAAGGAGGUCACGGCCACGCUCCGCCCUUCCGCCUCGCAAGAGCCCGGCGGUGGCCUCCGUUCGCAAGAUGAUGAGCGCAGGGCCAAAGACCAGAUGGUGGACAGCGAGUUUUUUGAGCAGACUGUUUUUCAAACAGAGAGCCGCCCUGCCGCUGGAGGCCCCAGUCUGUUGACGGUGCUGCUGGGGCUGGUGUGCGUGGCCGCCCUGAUGCUCCCAACCCUGGGGGAACAAGAAUCCACUGUGCCUGUCUACCUCCACUUAAGUGUUAACAAGAAACUUGUAGCUGCUUAUGUUCUCGGACUUCUCACAAUGGUCAUCCUACGCACAUGAAAGGCAUUAAGUCGAGGGGGCUGAAUAAAUCAGAUAUUGCCACACACCACCAGUUUCAUUGAUCUACCUGGCUACAUGGCUACGGGGAAGUUUUUUUUCUCUUCUUCUUCUCCCUGUACGCCUUCACUCCUGAAACAUUUGAGUGUUUCAUUUUUCAAAUGCAGGUGUGUUAGUGGCACAUUGAUGUAAACUGACCUGUGGUGGUGUCCUCAGGGGAGUCCAUCCCUGAGCAGGACCUGUGAAGAAGUGUGAUUACCUCAUGCUUCCUGUCUGUUGCUAUGAAACUGAAGUGAGCAGCAGUAUGAGAGUAUGCAUCCUACAUGUAUAUAAAGCCAUAACAAUUUUCUUAUUGUAUUUACUUGUAACCAACAUUGUUUCAAGGCAUUUUAAGUGUAGAUUGAAAACAGAAUGCAGUUGUCUGCAUGUAUCAGUACCUAUCUGAUUUUUUUUCCAGCAGCCAUGUCAAGAAAAAGCCUUUUGCUCAAAAUACUUAUAUUCUGGACAUUUAAUAAAGUGUCAGUACAUCA